AUGCGGAAAGCCCCUCGUGGCUAUCCGCCUGUGUCGGGAUCAUCUUCGUCGAUGUACUCGAAUCCUGGGAAGGAGCCACCUCGCAUGAGAUCGCCUCCUCCAGGACAACUGAUUGAUCCCAAUGAAUUUAUAGAAGAAUUAAGCGAUAACGAGGAUUGGGAUAGCAUGGCACAGUUGGUACAGACAAUGCCACCAAAGCGAAAAUCGGAGGUACCGCUCGAUAGACCCCAAAAAAGGCCCCUACUUGGAGUCCCACCACCACCGAGGCCUACUUCUGCCGAUCCCUGGCAAGAUCCAGCAGCAGUCAAAGCGAAACCUUUGUUUCCCAAAGCAUAUCCGAGUGUCAGUUAUGUUCCACCCGUUGAGAAGUCGUUCUUUCGUAUGGAACUUCCAAGCGUUCCUCCAAGGAUCUAUUUCACUCACAAACAAGGCGAGCUAGAACGUGAACCGGAGGCACCACCACGGGAUGGGCCACCACAAUCUCGCAUAGCUCCAGCGGUAGCCCUAGAUCAAGGUGAUACCAGCUGGCGAUAUUCGCAAAGACCUCCUAGGCGCUUUUCGCCCGGACCCAGGCCUGGAGGCUACUUCUAG